AUCACAGCAGGUCAGAGAAAAAGGGGUGAGCGGCAGGCGCGGGAGGAGUAGGGCGUUUGGCAUCAGGAGCGGGAGCCCAGACUGCCCUGCAGGGACCCGAGAGACCAUGCAGAAGUCGCCUCUAGAAAAGGCCAGCGUCGUCUCCAAACUUUUUUUCAGCUGGAUAAGACCAAUUCUGAAGAAAGGAUACAGAAAGCGCUUGGAGUUGUCAGAUAUAUACCAAAUCCCUUCUGCUGAUUCUGCUGACAACCUAUCUGAAAAGUUGGAAAGAGAAUGGGAUAGAGAGCUGGUUUCAAAGAAAAAUCCAAAACUUAUUAAUGCCCUUCGGCGAUGCUUUCUCUGGAGAUUUACGUUUUAUGGAAUCCUCCUAUAUUUAGGGGAAGUCACCAAAGCAGUACAGCCUCUCUUACUGGGAAGAAUCAUAGCUUCCUAUGACCCAGAUAACAAGGAGGAACGCUCCAUAGCCAUUUACCUAGCCAUAGGUUUAUGCCUGCUCUUUAUCGUGAGGACACUGCUCCUACACCCAGCCAUUUUUGGCCUUCAUCACAUUGGAAUGCAGAUGAGAAUAGCUAUGUUUAGUUUGAUUUAUAAGAAGACUUUAAAGCUGUCAAGCCGUGUUCUAGAUAAAAUAAGCAUUGGACAACUUGUUAAUCUCCUUUCCAACAACCUGAACAAGUUUGAUGAAGGACUUGCAUUGGCACAUUUCGUGUGGAUUGCUCCUUUACAAGUGACUCUCCUAAUGGGGCUGCUCUGGGACUUGUUACAGGCCUCUGCCUUCUGUGGCCUUGCUUUCCUGAUAGUUCUUGCCCUUUUCCAAGCUGGGUUAGGGAAAAUGAUGAUGAAGUACAGAGAUCAGAGAGCUGGAAAGAUAAAUGAAAGACUUGUGAUCACCUCAGAAAUGAUUGAAAAUAUCCAGUCUGUUAAAUCAUACUGCUGGGAGGAAGCAAUGGAAAAAAUGAUUGAAAGCCUAAGACAGAGAAUUGUUCAGUUGGUAGGAGUUGUUUUUUUCAUUAAUAAGUGCGUUCUUCAUCACUCUGUACCUACAAACACGGGCAUGGCAAAGGAUUUCUUACAAAAGCAAGAAUAUAAGACAUUGGAAUAUAACCUAACAACUACAGAAGUAGUAAUGGAGAAUGUAACAGCUUUCUGGGAGGAGGGAUUUGGAGAAUUAUUUGAGAAAGCAAAACUGAACAAUAACAAUAGAAAGAUUUCCAAUGGUGAUAACAGCCUCUUCUUCAGUAACUUCUCCCUUCUUGGUAGCCCUGUCUUAAAAGAUAUCAACUUCAAGAUAGAAAAAGGACAGUUGUUGGCUGUGGCUGGAUCUACUGGAGCAGGCAAGACUUCACUUUUAAUGAUGAUUCUGGGGGAACUAGAGCCUUCAGAAGGUAAAAUCAAGCACAGUGGAAGAAUUUCUUUCUGUUCUCAGUUUUCCUGGAUCAUGCCUGGCACCAUCAAGGAAAACAUCAUCUUUGGUGUUUCCUAUGAUGAGUACAGAUAUAGGAGUGUUAUCAAAGCAUGCCAACUGGAAGAGGACAUCUCCAAGUUUGCAGAGAAAGACAACAUAGUACUUGGAGAAGGUGGAAUCACCCUGAGUGGAGGUCAGCGUGCAAGAAUUUCUUUAGCAAGAGCAGUAUACAAAGAUGCUGAUUUGUACCUAUUAGACUCUCCUUUUGGAUAUCUAGAUGUUUUAACAGAAAAACAAAUAUUUGAAAGCUGUGUCUGUAAAUUGAUGGCUAACAAAACUAGGAUUUUGGUCACUUCUAAAAUGGAACAUUUAAAGAAAGCUGACAAAAUAUUAAUUUUACAUGAAGGUGGCAGCUAUUUUUAUGGGACAUUUUCUGAACUACAAAAUCUACGACCGGACUUUAGUUCAAAGCUCAUGGGAUAUGAUUCUUUUGACCAGUUUAGUGCAGAAAGAAGGAAUUCAAUCUUAACUGAGACUUUACGCCGUUUCUCCUUAGAAGGAGAUGCUUCUGUCUCCUGGAAUGAAACAAAAAAACAAUCUUUUAAGCAGACUGGAGAGUUUGGGGAAAAAAGGAAAAACUCAGUUCUCAAUUCAAUCAACUCUAUAAGAAAAUUUUCACUUGUCCAAAAGACUCCAUUACAAAUGAAUGGCAUCGAAGAGGAUUCUGAUGACCCUUUGGAGAGAAGGCUGUCCCUAGUUCCAGAUUCUGAGCCGGGAGAUGCGAUCCUGCCUCGCAGCAACGUGAUCCCCACGGGCCCCACAUUCCAGGGAAACAGGAGACAGUCUGUGUUGAACCUGAUGACGCACUCAGCUAACCAAGGGCAGAACAUUUGCCGGAAGACAACGGCACCUUCAAGAAAAAUGUCUUUGGCCCCGCAGGCCAGCUUAACAGAAAUGGAUAUAUAUUCAAGACGGUUAUCUCAAGAGAGCAGCUUGGAAAUCAGUGAGGAAAUUAAUGAAGAAGAUUUGAAGGAAUGCUUUUUUGAUGAUGUAGAGAGCAUACCCACAGUGACCACUUGGAACACAUACCUUCGCUAUAUUACUAUCCAUAAGAGCUUAAUUUUUGUGCUGAUUUGGUGUUUAAUUGUUUUUCUGGUUGAGGUGGCUGCCUCUUUGGUUGCUUUGUGGUUCCUUAAAAACAACCCUCCUAAACAGGAAGUGAAUGGAAAUAACAGCUAUGCUGUGAUUGUCACCAGCACUAGCUUCUAUUAUGUUUUUUACAUUUAUGUGGGAAUAGCUGACACUUUGCUUGCUCUGGGAUUGUUCAGAGGUUUGCCACUGGUGCAUAUACUAAUCACAGUGUCGAAAAUUUUACACCACAAAAUGCUACAUUCUGUUCUUCACGCGCCCAUGUCAACCCUCAACACCUUGAAAGCAGGUGGGAUUCUUAAUAGAUUCUCCAAAGAUAUAGCAAUUCUAGAUGAUCUUCUGCCUCUUACCAUAUUUGACUUCAUCCAGUUGCUAUUAAUUGUGAUUGGAGCUGUAGCAGUUGUCUCAGUUUUACAGCCUUACAUCUUCCUGGCAACCGUACCAGUGAUAGCAGCUUUUAUUAUGUUGAGAGCGUACUUCCUGCACACUUCACAGCAACUCAAGCAACUGGAGUCUGAAGGCAGGAGUCCUAUUUUCACUCAUCUUGUCACAAGCUUAAAAGGACUAUGGACACUUCGUGCCUUUGGACGGCAACCCUACUUUGAAACCCUGUUCCACAAAGCUCUGAAUUUACAUACUGCCAACUGGUUCUUGUAUUUGUCAACACUGCGCUGGUUCCAAAUGAGAAUAGAUAUGAUUUUUGUCAUCUUCUUCAUUGCUGUUACUUUUAUUUCCAUUUUAACAACAGGUGAAGGAGAAGGAUCAGUUGGUAUUAUUCUAACUUUAGCUAUGAAUAUCAUGAGUACAUUGCAGUGGGCUGUAAACUCCAGCAUUGAUGUGGAUAGCUUGAUGCGAUCUGUGAGCCGAGUCUUCAAGUUUAUCGACAUGCCAAAAGAAGGUGCACCUGCCAGGCCUGUCAAACCAUCCAGGGAUGACCAGCUCUCGAAAGUUAUGAUCAUUGAGAAUCAACACGUGAAGAAAGAUGACAUCUGGCCCUCAGGGGGUCAAAUGACUAUCAAAGACCUCACAGCGAAAUAUGUAGAUGGUGGCAAUGCCAUAUUGGAGAACAUUUCCUUCUCAAUAAGUCCUGGCCAGAGGGUGGGCCUCUUGGGAAGAACUGGAUCAGGGAAGAGUACUUUGUUAUCAGCAUUUUUGAGACUGCUGAACACUGAAGGUGAAAUUCAGAUUGAUGGUGUGUCAUGGGAUUCAACAACUUUGCAACAGUGGAGGAAAGCCUUUGGAGUGAUACCACAAAAAGUGUUUAUCUUUUCUGGAACUUUUAGAAAAAACUUGGAUCCUUAUGAACAAUGGAGUGAUCAAGAAAUAUGGAAAGUUGCAGAUGAGGUUGGACUCAGAUCUGUGAUAGAACAGUUUCCUGGGAAGCUUGAUUUUGUCCUUGUGGAUGGGGGCUAUGUACUAAGCCAUGGUCACAAGCAGUUGAUGUGCUUGGCCAGAUCUGUUCUCAGUAAGGCGAAGAUCUUACUGCUUGAUGAACCCAGUGCUCACUUGGAUCCCAUAACAUACCAAAUAAUUCGAAGAACUAUAAAACAAGCAUUUGCUGAUUGUACAGUAAUCCUCUGUGAACACAGGAUAGAAGCAAUGUUGGAAUGCCAGCGAUUUUUGGUCAUAGAAGAGAACACAGUGCGGCAGUACGAUUCCAUCCAGAAACUGCUGAGCGAGAAGAGCCUCUUCCGCCAGGCCAUCAGCUCUUCAGACAGGAUGAGGCUCUUCCCCCAUCGCAACUCCAGCAAGCACAAGUCUCGAUCCCAAAUUACUGCUCUGAAGGAAGAAACAGAAGAAGAAGUACAAGAAACACGGCUUUAGAGACCAGUGCAAAUGUUUGCUUAGGACAUUUACUUAUGGAGAUGGAGGAAAAAUCAGCUGCUUCAGAAAACGAGGAUGGAUUUUUUUUUUUUUAAGGAACAUUUUGGUGAGAGGAACUAAGGACAUUCACAUGGGUCUGGAUGGUUAAAUUGUGUGAAAGGUACUGCAAAUCCUUGAAGAUUUACUACUUGUGUUUUCUAAACCAGACUUUCCUAAAACACUUGCCCUUUGGUAGUAGUUGGAAAGGCAGCUAUAAUUGUCAACAAGCUUAGUCGUUCAGCCUAUUGUUAGUGAAACUUGUUAAUUUAUAUCACUGGAGAAAUGAAAUCAUACUACUUAGAGAUAUGAUUAAUAAUAGCUAGAGAAUUUGAUGGUUUACGUAGUUUAUAUCCCUUCUUCUCUCCUCUCUCCAAGAUAUGUAGACACACAACUAUAUUGUCUACUAAGCAUUCUGGCUAUCCAUUUCCAAGCAAGUAUGAAAAUACUGCAGGAGUCACAAGAUAGCCCAUUAAAACAUUCCCAUUCAACACCUAGUGAUCAAUCACGAAUGAGAAUUCCCAGACCCUAGAAAUUAGGGUUGGUACUACCAAGCUCUGUCAAACAUCUAAGUAAUUCAAAUAAUCAGCAAAUAUCCUGACCUAGGAAAUAGCUGUUCUAGUCCCCUGUAGGGGAUGGAAUUGCUUUCUCAAUGCAGAAGUUGACAUGCCUUUCCCAUCCCUAGAAGUAACAAGGCCAUAAGACCUUUGAACCAGAGAGUGGGUGGAAAAGUGUGUUAGUGAAAAUUGGUGCAGGACAACACUUCCUACCACAGAAGCUCCAAGUACAGAAUAUGUGGGUAGGUAAACCAUGGGUGCUAUAGGUAGAUGCACAGGAUAUCUAAGCAUCCAGAGGCACAGGAUGGUGGCAGUGUGUUUUCAGGCUAGCUGCAUGUGCUUUAUAGUGUCUACACUGAGUGAGAGAGAAAAUGGGAAACACCCUGAAGAAGAUUCAAUCAUGAACUAGUUUUAUAUGCUUCUGUUUUAUAAUUUUUGAUGCAAAUGAAAUUUUGUCUAGGAAAUAUUUAUUUUAAUAAUGUUUCAAACUCAUAUACAACAAUACUGUAUUUUAAAAAUGAUUAUGAAUUAUAUUUGUAUAAAAUAAUUUUUAUAUUUGAAAUGUUGAAUUUUUGUGGCACUAGCAAUUUUUAUGAUAUAUUACAUUAAAAUAAGGGUAGGGGGUACCUUGUGUGAUGUGGUCCAAGGGCCAUGAGUCACCUUUAUGAUGUAAAGAAAAGAAUUGGGUUGAUGCAGUUAUACACAUCUGUGUGAUCCUUGGCCAGCAUACAGGUUCCUCUCAGAUGAUUUCCUCUCAGAUGAAAAAGAUGGUGCCAGAAACCUGACUCUUCCUUCCAAGGGCACAUUGCCUUUCCAAUUCCAAACUAACCCUUAAGAAGAUUGUAUUGUAUUUGUUACUGUAAGAAGAUACCAUGUGUCAAUAAAAUCCUUAUAUUUGUG